AUGUCAGAACACUUUGAUUCCAGAUUUCACUAUCAGCCGCAGGCACACAUUCCAGGGCAGAGUGUGAUCAAGUGUACUGAUGAGAUCUGGCAAUUGCUAUACAACGUGCAAAGAGCACAGUUGGCAGAGAGACAUAAAACCUCUGAGGAAAAUUCUUUCGGAGGUCUGACCACAAACCCUGACCCUCAAAAUCCAGCAGAACCAACCAGAGCAAUGCCAGAGCCGAAGGGAACAGGAAGCAAGAAAGAAGGUCCAGUCAGCCCCGAAAGCAAACCACCCAGAGCCCCUGUUAUAAAUAAGUAUGCUGAUGCCCAGCUACACAACCUGGUGAAAAGAAUGCGUCAAAGAACAGUCGUCUACAAGAGAAAGUUGGGAGAAGGAGAUCUGUCUUCACCUGAAGCCAGCCCACAAGCUGCAAAGCCCACAGCUGUAUCAUCAGCACAAGAAAGUGAUACUAAGCUACCAAAAGAACAUUACCACAGCCUGCUGUGCUGCCGAUUCCAGGAGGUGCCUCUGACGGAGUACCUAAAGCGAAUUAGGCUUCCAGAAAGUAUAGAUUCGUACUCAGAUCGAUUCUACCUUCUGUGGCUUCUUCUUGUCACCAUUGCCUACAACUGGAACUGCUGGCUUAUCCCACUGCGCUGCUUCUUUCCCUAUCAAACACCAGGCAACACAUGCUACUGGCUCAUCACAGACGUUACGUGUGAUCUCAUCUACCUGUGUGACAUGCUCUUCAUCCAGCCCAGACUCCAGUUUAUAAAAGGAGGAGACACAAUAGUGGAUUCAAAUGAGCUAAAGAGACACUACAGGAGUUCUACAAAAUUUCACCUGGAUGUCGCUUCCAUCAUACCAUUUGAUGUUUUUUGCCUCUUCUUUGGGUUUAAUCCAAUAUUUAGAACAAAUAGGAUAUUGAAGUACACUUCGUUUUUUGAGUUUAAUCAUCACCUAGAGGCUGUGAUGGACAGAGCAUACAUCUACAGAGUCUUCCGAACAACUGGAUACUUGCUGUUUACUCUGCACAUUAAUGCCUGUAUUUAUUACUGGGCUUCAAACUAUGAAGGAAUUGGGACUACGAGAUGGGUGUAUAAUGGUGAAGGAAAUAAGUAUCUGAGAUGUUAUUAUUGGGCAGUUCGAAGUUUAAUUACCAUUGGGGGGCUUCCAGAACCUCAAACUUUAUUCGAAAUUGUUUUUCAACUCAUAAAUUUUUUUUCUGGAGUUUUUGUGUUCUCCAGCUUAAUUGGUCAGAUGCGAGAUAUAAUUGGGGCAGCCACAGCCAACCAGAGUAACUUCCGCGUCUACAUGGAUCAUACUACUGCCUACAUGAACAAGUACUCCAUUCCUAGAAGUGUGCAAAAGAGAGUUCGGACUUGGUAUGAAUAUACAUGGGCCUCUCAAAGAAUGCUAGAUGAGUCUGAUUUGCUCAAGAACCUGCCAACUACAGUGCAGUUAGCCCUUGCCAUUGAUAUGAACUUCAGCAUCAUCAGCAAGGUGGACUUAUUCAAGGGAUGUGACACACAGAUGAUUUAUGACAUGUUGCUAAGAUUGAAAUCCACUCUCUAUUUACCUGGUGACUUUGUCUGCAAAAAGGGAGAAAUUGGCAAAGAAAUGUAUAUCAUCAAACAAGGACAAGUCCAAGUCCUGGGAGGCCCUGACGGUGCUCAAGUGCUGGUCACUCUGAAAGCAGGGGCUGUGUUUGGAGAAAUCAGCCUUCUGGCAGCAGGAGGAGGAAACCGCCGAACUGCCGACGUGGUGGCCCAUGGGUUUGCCAAUCUUUUAACUCUCGAAAAAAAAACUCUCCAAGAUAUUCUAAGGCAUUAUCCAGACUCUGGAAAGCUCCUCAUGAAGAAAGCCAGAGUACUUUUAACCCAGAAGGAUAAGGGCGCGACGGCGACCCCUCCAAAGAAAGAACUUGCCUUUCUCUUCCCACCAAAAGAAGAGACACCUAAAUUGUUUAAAAUUCUGCUGGGAGGUGCUGGAAAAGCAAGUCUUGCAAAACUACUCGAUUUGAAGACAGAACAGACAGCUCAGGAUAAAAGGGAAAAUACUGAAGAAGGAAAGGGGAAGGGAAGAGAGCCAGCAGAGGAACCAGCAGACAGCUCCAAACUCACGUCAAGUUCUAUUCCAACGCAGGAACAGCCCCUGUCGAUGAGAAGGUCAGUUUUACCCAGAGGAACUACCCGUCAGUCGCUCAUCAUCAGCAUGGCCCCUUCUGCUGAGGCUGGAGAAGAGAUUCUGACUAUCGAAGUCAAAGAGAAGGCUAAGCAAUAA